ACGUCGGUCGACGGAGAACACACAGCAAUCUCGGGACAAAGCAUAGACCGAUUCCCUUGUCCUUCACUCCUUCUUUGGCCUAUGGGCUUUGCUUUGUAGAGAGAGAGAGAGAGAGAGAGGAGAGAGGAGAGCAAAAGGGGAUCUAUAUUUCUGUAUAUAUAUUUUGAAUGACAACCCCUCCAUCUCUCUUGUCUCUCACUAUCCAUUCUGCCAUCCUUAAUCUCUCUUCUAUCUCUGAUCUCUCUUUUCUCCCUGAUCACAUCGUCCUCCAUCUAUUCCUGGAAACUUUAAGGGCUGGAAAAUUAAACGAGAGGGUUUUAAAGUUGUUUGUGGCAAGUGGAAAAGAUGAAGUUCUUUCGCUCAUUGGGGCAUUCAAUAUCCAGCAAAUUGUCACCCCUGUUCUUCCUACCAUCCAUAUUAAGGACAACGAGGUUGACAUUGUGAUCGGAGCAUUCCACUCUGAUCUGACAUCAUUUAUGAAUGAAUGGAGGCCUGUUUUCACCCGAUACCACUUGAUUAUUGUCAAGGAUCCUGAACUCAAGGAGGAUCUUGAAAUUCCAGAUGGCUUUGACCUGGACAUCUACACUGUACAAGACAUAAAUAGAAUUGUUGGUACUUCAAAUUCAAUUAAAUUCUCUGGUUACUCUUGUCGAUACUUUGGCUACCUUGUGUCCAGAAAAAAGUAUAUAAUCUCAGUUGACGAUGACUGUGCUCCAGCCAAAGAUGAUAAGGGCAUGUUAAUAGAUAUUGUAGAGCAGCACUUAUUGAACCUUUCAACUCCUGCCACUCCUUUCUUCUUCAACACACUGUAUGAUCCAUUUAGGAAAGGAGCAGAUUUUGUGCGUGGUUACCCAUUUAGCUUAAGAAGUGGGGUUGCUUGUAGUCUGUCAUGUGGACUGUGGCUGAAUCUAGCAGAUUAUGAUGCACCAACACAAGCCCUCAAGCCAAGUCUGAGGAACACUCGUAUCGUCGAUGCAGUUCUCACUAUUCCAGUCGGGGCCAUGUUGCCUGUGAGUGGAAUCAACAUUGCAUUUGAUCGAGAGGUGGUCGGACCUGCUUUAUGUCCAGCACUGAGAUUGGCUGGGGAAGGAAAGUUUCGGUGGGAAACCAUGGAGGAUAUAUGGUGUGGGUUAUGCGUUAAGGUAACAUGUGAUCAUCUAAAGCUUGGUGUGAAAAGUGGGCAGCCAUAUGUUUGGAGAAAUGAAAGAGGAAAUGCAAUAGAGAGCCUGAAGAAAGAGUGGGAAGGGGUGAAGCUGAUGGAAGAAGUUGUUCCAUUCUUUCAAACUCUUAGGCUACCAGAAGCAGCAGUUACAGCUGAAGCCUGUUUUCUCGAGAUUGCGAAGGCAGUAAGGGACCAGCUUGGCCGGUCCAAUCCAAUGUUCUCUCGUGUUGCUGAAGCCAUGGUCGAAUGGGUUGAGAUUUGGAAGAAGGUUGGAUCUGGUCCUUUGCUUGGCGACAAUUAGGGAGGGAUUCACGAGUGAGUUUGGUCUCUUUCCCCCUAAUUCAAUUAAUAACAGAAAGCUCCUUCUAUUUCUUGCUGUAACAAUGACUCAGAGAACUAUCGAAAUUCUUAAUGACUAAAAGUACUGUUUCACAGUUUUUGUUUAA